AAGUAGGAAGUGGCCUCGGUGAGUCUGGUGGCAUCUCUGCCUGGGCAGCUGCUGGGCGCGUGGAAGGGGCAGCCUUUGGGGAGGGGGGCAGAAAAAGGCUGCAGGGUUGGGGAGCCCCCUCCCUUCUUUAUCACCUCCCUCUCCCCCAGGCUUGAGAGCGCAAGAGAUGCUCUGCUGGAUCAGGUCCAAGAUGCACGCAUCCUUAGCAUACCUCGCAGGGUUGUAGCGGGGACGGAUUGAGGAGGGGGUGAGUCUCGUUGGACGCCAUGGGGGUCCCUGGAGGAAAGGUGGGAGUUCAGAUAAAGAAAAGGAGCAUCUUUUCACCAUUCCAUUCCAAGAAAUGCAGACUUGGGAGAAGGACUCUGGCUCAGACCUCUGUGCCCAGGUGGUAGCCCUAGCUGAGGAUUUCCUCCUGAGAAGGCAAGAGCCUGACGGAGACGCACAAAACGUGCCUCAGCUCUCAGAGAAGAAUCUUUCAGAUUCCAAGAAGGCACAGGAAGACAAGCAGGCAGAGGAGGCGGAAGAAUAUAAUGGGGAGACUGCCUUAUUAGUCGACGAGUCCGAGUCCGACGGAGAAAACGAAGAGGCGGUCCUCCCAGCAGAAAGACCCGAGCGCAGACACCCCACCCGGAUAUCAUUGGAAGAAGUCAUCCUUGGGAAGCUUUUCCCGGUGGAAGAAGGGCCUCCGGGCAACGUGCCCGCGACAAACUUUGCCACGGAGAAGCCGUUUGAGUGCUCCGAGUGCGGGAAGCACUUCUCUACCAGCUCCCACCUCAUCAACCACAAGCGCGUCCACACAGGAGAGAAGCCCUACAAGUGCUUGAGCUGCGGGAAAAGCUUCACGGAGCGAGGCAACCUCUUGAAGCACCAGAGGACCCACACGGGCGAGAAGCCCUAUGGAUGUUCCGACUGCGGGAAAGCCUUUGGCAUCAGCUCUCAGCUGAUCAGCCACAAGCGGGUGCACACGGGAGAGAAGCCCUACGAGUGCGCGGACUGCGGGAAGAGCUUCUGCACAAGCUCACAGCUCGUGCGCCACAGCCGGGUCCACACGGGCGAGAAGCCCUACGAGUGCUCCGCCUGCGGGAAAACCUUCAGCCAGAGGUCGUACCUCGUGGGGCACGAGAGGACGCACACGGGCGAGAAGCCCUUCGAGUGCUCGCAGUGCGGGAAGUGGUUCUCGCACCGCUCCGACCGCCUGAGGCACGAGAAGAUCCACACGGGCGAGAAGCCCCACAAGUGCGCCGACUGCGGGAAGGGCUUCAACCAGAAGGGCUCCCUCGUCACGCACCAGAGGACCCACACGGGGGAGAAGCCCUUCGAGUGCUCCGAGUGCGGGAAGAGCUUCAACGACCGGGGUUACCUUAUCACACACCGGAGAACCCACACGGGGGAGAAGCCCUUUGAGUGCCUGGACUGCGGGAAGAGCUUCAGCCGCACGUCCCACCUGACCGUGCAUAAAAAGACACAUGGCGGGGAGAGGCCGUAGCCGGAUCAGGAGGUGGGGAGGGGAAAGAGAAGACAAACGAACACACACCCCAACCCUCCAGUCCCUCUGACCUUUGCAAAAUAUCAGAAAAUCUGUGUGAAAAUGCCCGGGUGCUCAGAAGACUUUUUUAAAAGACUGUGGAGCUAUGGCGGUAUACAGUCAUACCUCGGGUUGAAGUAGCUUUGGGAUAAGUAUUUUUGGGUU